AUGGAUCUGAUUACUCACGAGUUGGCUAAGUAUAAGCGUCUGAAUGAGGAAUACGCGCAGAAGUUGGACACAAUUGAGACGGAAGUGACUCUUUUGAACCAAUUGGUGACCAAAGAGCAGGACUUCAGUCAACAGUUGUAUGACUUCCUCAUGAGUUAUCACAACCACCUUAAAGCCAAUGGCAGCCAAUCAUUGCCACUGCAGUCGGCGCUCACCGACAAUCAGAAGCUGUUCGCAGACAUGACUCAUGUCAUCAGCAAUAAGGACGAAGUGAAGACAUUGAGGAAGGCGUUGGACGACUGGCGCCUCGAUAACCAUCGCUGGAUGUCUGUCAAUCAGACGAAGGCUAAGACAAACGAUGUCCACGUAUUGGAUGACAUCGAAGAGACUGCCGAUGCGGCCGAAGAGGGAUCAGAUAAUACGGGAUUUAUGGUGACGGCAGACAUGCCAUCGUCAGAGACCACACCUGUGAUAGAGAUUAUUGAUAGCCCCCAGAAGGAGGCUUUCAAAGUGCCUGUUCUUGCCGUUCCGGUACAGCUGGAAGUCAUACCAAAGCCGGAGCCCAUGUCUGACGGCGAGGACGAGGAGACGGACACCGCAUCCGAACGCGAGAGUCCUGUGAAGACGAGGUCAGCGAUGGCUGCCUCGGAGAGCGCCGGCAAACCAUUUAUGUUUGUCUCGCAGUAUUUGUCGCAAAACAUGUCAUUCAGUCAUCUGUUGGGCACUAAUAGCCAGGAAGUGGUCGACAAGAAGCCGGCCGUCAGUGAUGACAAACAGCACUCGAUUGCCAUCGAUUUGAACAGCGAUUCCGAUGAGGCGCCCGACCCUCAGACCAGUGGUAAAAGUAUUUUUAAUGACGGUAUCAUUGAUCUGACACCUCCUCCAGACAGACAAUCGGCUUCUAAGGCUAAAAUAUGUACGAUGGUUAAGACGAAGAAGAAAGUGGUGAAGAAAAUAGUGAAGAAAUCAGUGAAACCAAAGCUCAGUAAUGGAAACCAA